AUGCUUGGGUCUCAACAAUUGUGCGUUUACCUUUCAUUGACUACACGUGGACGAAAGUCCAAAACUAUAAAUUUCCAAGAGACGCCUACGGUAGCUAUGCUUGCAAAAAAGACCAUCCAGCUUCUAACACUCUCAACUCUAGCUCUUGCACAGCUUGAACCCCGAGCAAGAUUGAGCUCCGACCAGAAUUCCGCUCUGGAUCUACUCGUGCCGUCACUUUUUGGCUGGCAAGACCUGGUCUCCGAGAUCGGGCAGAGCAUCGAGUGCACGGCGUGCCAGACCGCCCUCGUGGCAGUGAACGCUGCCAUUGACAUCAUUGGUGAGGAACUAACCUUGGAGAUUGUUAAAGACAUCUGCCAGGGUUUCCAGAAGGAGGACGUCUGCGACGGCGUGGUGACAGAGCUCGGCCCUGUGGUAGUUAAGAUGAUCACCAGCUCCUCCGACUCUUUACUCGGCUAUGGCGGCCAGCUCAUUUGCAACUCAUUUCUUACUACCUGUCCGGACUUUGAGCCGCACACAAUGGACUUUACGCCAUCUCCCGUCUCCGAUGCUGUCAUCAACUACUCUUCCAAUGCAACAUCCGAAAACCUACUUACUAUUUUACACAUUUCCGAUAUCCACUACGACCCAGACUAUCUGGUUGGCUCGGAGGCAGACUGCGACUAUCCGCUGUGCUGCGAGGCGCGCACACAGGAGUCCAGUACCGUCAAGACCCCGGCUACCCGGUUUGGAGCGUACCAAUGCGAUGUUCCGCUGGACCUGGUGGAAAGUUUUGGCCAGAAUCUGGAGGCCACCAUUGGCGGAGCACCAGACUUUACGCUCUUCACAGGAGACGUCCCCCCACAUAAUGUCUGGUACGACAACGCGACGACUGUGACGGAAGCUUUUCAAAUCUACAGCACGCUGGCAAAGUACAUAAAGUCUCCGCUGUAUGGCACAAUGGGCAACCACGACACCGCCCCGGUGAAUCUCCUGAAGCCAGCGGAAAUCGGAAAUCUCAGCAACCAGUGGGCGCUCGGCACCCUGGGCAGCUACUUCCAGCAAUGGUUGCCUGCGUCCACCGUGCGGCAGUUUGAAGACUCCUACGGUGUAUAUGCUGUCCGUCCUGCUCCCGGCCUCAAGCUCAUCAACCUCAACACUGUGGACUGCUACAACUUCAACUUCUACAUCCUGUAUAACAGCGGCGCGAAACUUGAUCCAAACGGCCAGCUGCAGUGGCUAGUGAACGAACUAAGUGACAGCAGGCUACAAAACGAAUCUGUGUGGAUACAGACACACAUUGCACCGGGAGACGCCGACUGCAUCGUGCCUUGGUCAAACCUUUAUAACUCCAUCGUGGUGGAAUAUUCUGACAUCAUCAAGGCCCAAUUCUUUGGCCACAGCCACGAGGACAAGUUUAUUCUCAACUACGAUUCACAGGGUAAAGCCAUCGGCGUGCAGUACCUGGCUCCGUCCAUUACCACCUUCACAGAUCUUAACACUGGCUACAGAGUAUACAAGGUGGACCCAAAGACGUACGAGAUAGUCGACUCGCUAACGUAUUACGCGGAUAUUGCUGCCACAGGAAACAGCACGCCACCAAAGUGGCAGCUUGAGUACUCGGCAAGAGAAUACUAUCCGUCGUGGCCGGCUACCAGCCCGCUUAAUGCAACGUUCUGGGAGCGAGUGUUGCAGAUGUUUGAGUCCAACAAUACCGCCUUUGAGCUCUAUAGCAAGUACAUGUCCAAAAGCUCUUCGGCUUCCGACAUAUGCACUACGACCGGGUGCAAGGAGCAGUCCAUUGCGCAGAUCAAGAGUGGCAACACGCGAAACAAGUAUUAUGCUCCGCUCAUCGAGCUUGACUCCGACGCCAAUUUAACAGACGUUGCCACGGCCAUUUCCAGUGCCAAACAGGAAACUUCUAGCACGGCCCUAGCCAGAAGGUGUUUACAUCUCUAA